AAAAACAUAAAUAUAUAAAUAAUGUAGGUGUGAAACCACUUCAAGAAUAUUGGUCGGUCAUACCCUGUUGAGGCCAAUUCGCUAAAUUUUUAGUUCCAAUACAUAAAAUAUAAACCUUCCAAUUCCAAAUCCCUUUCCCACUAUUUCAAUGGCGGCUACAAGCACGUUUCAAAAAUUAUAUAAAUUUAUAAAUACCCUUUAAUUCAUCAAACUCAGAUCUUCAUCUUUUUGAUUUCAUGUGCUAUUUGAAGGUGGCGAACCAGGGUGGCGGAGAUGGAGACGGCGACGGAGAUGAGCUCGAGGGGAUGCUCUCUUCGUCUGCUGGGGAGUUAAUGGCUAUGGUUUCGGCUUUGACUCGUGUAAUUUCCGGCGGCUCUGCUGCUCCGGCGACGGUGGGGGGUUGUAGGAAAAGGGGGAGGGAAGAAGAAGGAGAAAGUAGAAUAAUGUGGGAAAGGGGGGUUGGGAGAGGGAAUAGAGGUGGAAUUGUGGACUCCACAGCAAUGCAGAGUUUUUCCAUGCCCUCCCCUCCAAUUUUUCUAAAAGAAGGAGGUUCAAGUUCAAGCAACUCCAUCUCCAUCAUGACAGCGCCAACAACGGCACCAACAAUGACAGCAACAUUUUCCGGCGAGAACAGAAUAAGAAGAAGAUACAGAGGAGUAAGACAGAGGCCAUGGGGAAAAUGGGCCGCCGAAAUUCGCGACCCCCAGAAAGCCGCUCGAGUUUGGCUUGGCACUUUCGAUACUGCUGAGGCCGCCGCUCGAGCCUACGACGGCGCCGCCUUGCGCUUCCGAGGGAGUAAAGCCAAGCUCAACUUCCCUGAACUUGUCUCUGUUUUUCCACCGUCGUCUUUGCAGUCAGCCACCCAUUUGGCGUCGUCUCCUGUGGUGGUACCGCCGCAAGAUGCCGUCGGGAACUAUCUACAAUAUUCUCAUAUGUUUCCGAACUCUCGCGAGACCUCUAGCCAGGCGGUGCCGGCGUUUGAGAGGAUGCUCUGUAAUUCGACAUCAGUGAAUCCAUCCCCUUUGGUUUCAUCUUCUGGCGUUUCGAAUUUUCCUUUUCCAUUUUCUCUGCAACAACUUAGACAUUACGGGCCACCGGAAAACCAGAGCCAAGGCGGCGGAGGUUCUUCGAUGCCGUCUUCGACAGGAUUCAGCUAUCGUCCUCCGGCGAGCGGUUGAUGGUUUAUGAUUGGACAGCUGAAAUCUUGCCUUUAAGAUUUGACAGUUAUUUAAUAUUUUAAAAGAUAUAUACACAUAAGAAUGUCAACUGCUAUUAUUCUUUAAAAAUUUUAUGUUAAGAAAAGCAUUUGUUUUAAAGUUGUUAAUUUACGUGAAUGUAAUAAAAAUAAAAAGUAUUUACGGCGUGAAUAAAAAAAAAUAAAAAUUUAUAAAGUCUAUAAAUUUU